AUGGAGGAGAUGAUGAAGAAGCUGCUUGAGGGUCAAACCAAACCAGCAACAUCAGAGGUGGGAGAAUCGUUGACUGUACUAGAAAUGGGAGAAAUCCAGAGAUUGAUCAGGGAGAUGCUGGAGGCAGUAUGUCAUUUAAUCACGGAUGGGGAGAACAGCAAUACCGUGCUGAUUGUUUCUCAAAUAAUUUUUUUUCAAGCUACAUCUUUUACAUGUUUGUAUGCCAGGUUUGAAGAUUACUUCUCCAAUCGUGUGAAGCAACUAACAUUCACUUUUCCUGAGGAUGCUGUUACAAGCAGUUCCACACCAUUUUGGUCUGCACCAAAGCGUUUCCCCCGGCCAUUGCAGUUCUCAACUAGUGAUGCAAGUGAAGUUAGUUUGAUCAUGGCUGCUUCUAUAUUAAGAGCAGAGACAUUUGGAAUCCCUAUUCCUGAAUGGGCCAAGAACCCAAAGAAAUUGGCCGACGCCAUCGAUAAAGUAGUAGUGCCUGAUUUUGAGCCAAAGAAGGGAGUAAAUAUUGUUACUGAUGAGAAAGCUACAAGCUUGUCAACAGCCUCCAUUGAUGAUACUGCUGUCAUUAAUGAGCUUGUUGCAAAACUGGAUGAAUGUGUGAAGAGGCUACCACGAGGAUUCCAUAUGAACCCAGUACAGUUUGAAAAGGAUGAUGACACUAAUUUCCACAUGGACCUCAUAGCCGGGCUAGCCAACAUGCGGGCAAGAAACUACAGCAUUCCCGAAGUCGAUAAACUGAAAGCGAAGUUCAUUGCUGGGAGAAUCAUCCCUGCCAUUGCCACCUCUACGGCAAUGGCCACCGGUCUGGUGUGCCUUGAGCUCUACAAAGUCCUCGCCGGUGGGCAUAAGUUGGAAGACUACCGCAACACCUUUGCGAACCUUGCCCUUCCCUUGUUUUCCAUGGCGGAACCUGUACCGCCCAAGGUUAUCAAGCAUCAGGACAUGAGCUGGACGGUCUGGGACCGUUGGAUAAUCGAGGGGAACAUAACCCUUCAUGAGCUCCUUCAAUGGCUCAAGGACAAGGGGCUUAAUGCCUACAGCGUUUCUUGUGGAGCUUCCUUGCUUUACAACAGUAUGUUUCCAAGGCACAAAGAUAGAAUGGACAAGAAAGUGGUGGAGAUUGCACAGGAUGUGGCCAAGUUAGAGUUGCCUUCAUACAGGAGACAUCUAGAUGUUGUGGUAGCUUGUGAGGAUGACGAUGAUAAUGACAUAGAUAUCCCACUAAUAUCUAUUUACUUUCGUUGAUCGCAUUGUGGUAUAAGGAACAUCGAAGGGCAUUUGUUGAGGUACUUCUUUAAUACCUGUCAUCUUCUCUCAUGCUAUUUGACAGAUUGAAGAUGCGCAUUUCUCUUUAUUUUAAGUUACAAUUCUGCUUCAUUUGUCCCUGCCUAAAUGAUGUGAUACUGUGCUUGUACAUUAUUCCCCAUGUUAUACUUAUACCUAUUUCCUUCAUCAUUUGUAUUUUUUUCUUGAUUGUUGCUUGUCAA